AUGAAGGGGAGCAGCGCCCUCCUGCUGGUGGCCUUCACCUUGCUCUGCACCUGUGGGCUGGCCACAGGGGAGGACAACAAUGAGUUUUUCAUGGACUUUCUGCAAACAUUGCUGGUGGGGACCCCAGAUGAGCUCUAUGAAGGGCCCCUGGGCAAGUAUGAUGUCAAUGCAGACGCCAAGGCAGCACUGUCGGAGCUCAAGUCCUGCAUAGAUGGCCUCCAGCCCAAUCACAAGGCGGAGCUUGUCAAAUUGCUGGUGCAAGUACUGGGCAGUCUGGAAAACUCCUAGUGGACUGCCGACAUGGCUCAAAGCAGCCAUAGGAUCAACAACAAAGAAGAGAUGGCCACAGCUCCCCA